AUGGUCCCAACUCCCAAUGCUGAAUACAACGAGAGUCGAAGAUUUGUACAGAAAAAAAUUAAGUUCGGGAAAAAAUUGAAGAUACCAAAUGAAGGCUUCGUUUACUAUAGCGAUGGAUUGAAGGAGGUGGAUUCUAAUUUCAACCUCGACCAAGAAAUUUCUUUUGAGGAAGAAGAAAUUAAUAGUGAAGAAUCAGAGGGAUUCAAUUUAUUGGUACCAUAUUAUGCAGUGAUUGUGACGCCUUGUGACUCCUUUACUGAUGCUUUUGCAGAACAUUUUGUUUUUGAGGAGCCCAUUAAUGUUGAUACCUUUGACAUUGAUAUUGAGCGGCUAAGAGUCAACAUAUGUUAG